AUGGACGGGGACCCGGCUGUUGAGUCGCAGCUCGACGCCUUCAGCUUGAUUUUCCCCCUGCCUUACCGCGUGGGAUUCAUCGUCACAUUAGCCGUCUGGGGUUGGGGGUCCAACCUGCACUACCUCCAUCUCCACAAAGUAGACGUGCCGGCACUGAUACGCUACCCCGGCCGGCCAUCGCCGCAUCACAUUCCACAUCACUUGUCGACGUACCGACUCGCUACCGUCCUUUCGGCUCUGUUCGCCGCGUCCCUGCUUAUCUUCUGGCUGUGUACGUGGGGAGUGGCCUCGCGCGUCAUCGACCAUGACUGGAUUCCCAUGACCUACCUCGUGGCCCUCGUCGCCGCCUUCUUCGUCCCUCUCAGCAACCUGCCCAGUGGCGGCCGUCGUCGCUUUCUCGCGACCCUCAAGCGGGUCAGCGUUGGCGGCAUCGCAGAGGCUCAAGACGGCAAGUUCGGGGACAUACUGCUGGCCGACGUGCUGACGUCGUAUGCCAAGGUGUGCGGCGACGUCUUUGUCACUGUCUGCAUGUUCCUGGUGUCUGGCGGGUCAUCCACCCAGAGGCCGGACAGGAACUGCGGCGGCACCGUCAUGGUGCCCGUCCUGAUGGCUGUGCCCAGCAUCAUCAGAUUCAGGCAAUGCAUCAUCGAGUACCUCCGAGUUCGACGAGCGCCGUACAAGGAAUCAGUGGGCUGGGGAGGGCAGCAUCUCGCCAACGCCCUCAAAUACUCGACCGCCUUUCCCGUCCUCAUCACCAGCACGCUGCAGAGAAGCACGGACGACGCCGCGGCCAAGGCGUCUCUCAACAGGGCCUGGCUGGCAGCCGUGCUGCUCAACUCGCUGUACUCGUUUUACUGGGAUGUCGCCAAGGACUGGGACAUGACGCUGUUCGCGUCACGAGCGGAUCGUACGAGUCCCCAUCACCCGUGGGGCUUGCGAGACAGGCUCAUAUUCCGCCCCGUGGCCCUGUACUACGUCGUCAUUGGCCUGGACCUGGUGCUGCGGUGCACCUGGUCCAUGAAGCUGAGCCCGCAUCUCGACAAGUUUAGCGAUUUCGAGACGGGCAUCUUCCUCAUCGAGUUUCUCGAGGUAUUCCGACGAUGGGUGUGGAUAUUCCUUAGGGUUGAGACGGAGUGGAUCAGGAAUUCCUCCACCGGCUUAGGCGUCGACGACAUUCUGCUGGGCGAAUACCAGGGGAAGCCAGGGGAUGAUGAGUAG